AUGUCUUCGAAUGCCACUUAUAAAGUUGGAAUAUUAGGUGCAACAGGAACUGUUGGUCAAAGAUUUAUUAGUCUUUUAUCAACUCAUAAAACUUUUAUUAUUCAUUCCCUUGGUGCUUCUUCUCGUUCAGCGGGAAAAAAAUAUUCUAAAGCAACAAAAUGGAAAAUGACUACUCCCAUACCUUUAAAGGUUAAAGAUAUUAUUAUAAAAGUAUGUGAACCUGAACUAUUUGGUGAUUGUGAUGUUAUAUUUUCUGGGUUGGAUUCUGAUGUAGCUGGUGACAUUGGAGUUGAAGGUAAAUAUUUAUAUUUAUUUAAAAGUAAAAUUCGAGUAACUGUUUGUCACACUGGAGCAACAAAACAACAAUUAACUAUUGAACUAAGAUCACACACAACAGUUACACUUACAAUAGGUUGGCCGACAACACAGGACGGUAUACGUCACAAUCCAUUGCGGUAA